AUGUCAAAGUACGGUUGUCCAACUUCUGAUACUGACGCUAACUCAGUUACUGUGCUCCGAAAGAGUGGUCCAGCUCAGAAAAAGUUAGGUUCUCAAGCAGCAUUAAAUGCUGCCAUUCGAAGCGGAGCUCAAAUUGAAACCCAAAAGAAAAUGAUGUCUGGUGGCAACCGACAACAUACAUCAAACAAAAACACUUUGAGGUUGGAUGAGGAAACCGAAGAGUUGCAUCACGAAAGAGUUUCACUGUCCCUUGGAAAAGCUAUGCAACAAGCUCGAGCCGCGAAGGAAUGGACUCAAAAAGACCUAUCUACGGCAAUCAACGAAAAACCCCAAGUUGUAUCUGAGUAUGAAAACGGAAAGGCCGUACCUAACCAGCAGAUCUUGAACAAACUCGAACGUGCUCUUGGGGUCAAGCUUCGUGGAAAAGACAUUGGGCAACCACUCGCUCCUAAGCCAAAGGCUGCUGCUAAGAAGUAA